AUGCCCAAGAAGAAGCCGACCCCCGUCGAGGACCUGAUCAUCCCGCCGCAAGACGCGAAAAUCUGCGGCACGAUAUGCCUCUGUCAGAUGACCCUGGUCCUCAGUAGCGUCGCCAUCGUGUACCUCACCGUAGCGAUCUACGUCCCCUCCACCCGAGCCAUGCAAUCGGGCAUAUCGGAAACGCCAGUGAUGUGCACGACCACCAGAGGAGUCACCGUGGACACCUGUGACUGGGGUUCCUGCGGCGAAUGGUGCCUGAGCAAGACCUCCGGCUCCUGCAUGCAGAUCUACGUAAACCUGCGCCGGAACGGCUCGAACCUUCUCCUAGCCAACUGCACCAACAUAGCGCAGAAGUUCUGCUACGGCAAGGACCAGGAGAACGCGAAGAAGAACAGGUGCAUAGCGGACGAGUGCAAGAACCUGACGGGCACUUUCAACUGCUCGAUGGGGAUGUGCAUCGACAUCACCGACUCCUUCGAGUGCAUCUACAAGGACACGGACCCGCCGCUGAAGUGCUCAGGGAGAAGGGGGAAGAUAACCUGCAUCGACCUGCACGGUUUGUACAGCUGCAAUCGAGGCACGUGCGAGCGUAUCCGCACCCCUUAUAACUGCGACCGUCAGUGCGGAGACAUCCCCACGCGACACAAAAACGUCAUUAUGCUCAGCGGGGACGAAGUGUACCUGUCCGAGUGCCAGCGGUGCAUAGACAGCGACACGGGGGAAGAAGUAUGGAACGAGUCUCAAGAUAACAUCAUAAUGGCGUCGUGCCACACCAUCCUGAACACCAGCAGAGGCCUGGAGGCUUCCGACUGCGUGAACGGGAGUCUGUUGGCGAACAACAUCCUGAGCGACAUGGCCAACUUCACUUACCUGAGCUACCUGAGCGUGUUCAACACCGUGCCGCUGGACGAGCGGCAGAUUGUAGCUCCGCCUGAGCCGGAGUUACUGAUCGCCAACGAGAGCAAGCUGCUGAUUAACCUCGAAGGAUGUGUGAACACGCUCAGGGACGAGUGCAAGGAGUUCCUGAAGAUCUACGGGAAAGACGGUACGGACCACAACGCCAGGGCUCGUUUUCCUUGCUUCUACUCGGUGGACAAUCCGGGGAUAGUCGUGGCUCGAUUCAAUUUAGCUAUGGCGACCAGGCAGUUCGUCGUGGCUUCUGUUCUUCCUUCGGUGCUUUUCAUCGUGUCUUGUCUCACUUUGAUUUUGUGCCAGCGCACUGUAGUGGUGGGGGAUGAUGCGAAAAUGCGUUUUCAGGGAUGCGUCCAGGGUGAGGCCGAGAGCACCGAGAAGACGGCGUCCACGAACAACGCAUUCCCCUUCUGUUGGACCGAGACUGAAUCGAACCCAGCAUCCAUCUAGCAGGGGAAAGCGUACCUUUCGACAUUUGCAGCACCUCCGAACUCGAACCCACCACCAUGAGCCUCCUCGGCGAAAAGAGCCAGCUCACCCUCAUCUCAAUAGCAGAAACGGCCAAGUUCUACACGUCCCUGUGCCUCGGCACCACUGCCUUCCUCUCGGCCUUCGCCUUCCUGUUCCUCAUCCCCUUCGUAGUCGACCCGGCAAUAACCAGCCUGAUGGCGGACUACGAACCAGAACCGGUCACGUGCUUAGUUACCAGACACGUCUACGCGGAGGGUAUCUCGAACUGCUCGUGGUCUUCCUGUCGCGAAGGCUGCACCAGGGAAGCGACCAGGUGCCACCAGAUCUACGUCAACUACUCCCGAACGCCGUUCGCGAGCUUCCGGCCGUCCGCGCAGGCGCGCUGGGACGUCGCAGACACGCGCUUUCUGAUCAACACGGAGGGGUGCGGGUACCCGCCUUCGGUCAAUUGCUCGGAGUUCGCCGGGCAGUACGGCAGGGAGACUGUGGGCACUCCUUUUCCCUGUUAUUACAGCAGGGUGUAUCCGGAAGCGCAAGUGGUGGCCAGGUACUCUUGGGACGAUACGCUGAGACACUUGGUGCUCUCUAUCACUAUUCCAAAUUUGCUGUUCGCCGCUUCUAUUGGAGUUUUGAGCUACUGGUACUGUCCGGGAUGUGGCAGGUCCUGUCAGAAGUACAUGCAUCAUUUUCCCACAGAAGAAGACUUCGACGAAAACACCUACUAGAGUCGAAAAUUUCACGAGCAUUUGAAAUACUCCCACGCCAAGCUUCAUCAGCUGUUUUCUUCGAAAUUUUCACCAUUUCAUUACAAGUAUUUCACGAAUUCCAAAUAACAUAUUGUAAAAUAUUAGCUUCAUAAUGCUUAGUACGUUAUAUAAUAUUCUGUGAAUCAAUGAAGUACAAAUUGUAAGUAAAUGCGAAAUUCAAUAAAAACUUAGGAUAGUAUUAUACAAGACGGUUUCCUUUUU